CUUUCAUCAAGGCAACCACUGUUGUCGAUUGGAAUUUAAAAAAUAAAGAAAUUAGUUUUAAUUAUCGCUUUUAAUUUUUCAUGUUAAUAUCUUACUGUAAUUGUGUUAUGUUUGCAAUAAUUUUCUCCAGCAAUAUAAUUCUCAUCAAAUGUCUUUUGAUUUUUCAAAUAAUAUAGAAGAUGAUGAAAUAAACGAACUUAUAUCUGUAGCACAAGAAGAAAGCUUACGGCAUUAUAAUGAAGUCGAACUGCCAAGACUUCAAGAGAAGAAGGGUUCCUGCUCAAACAAGUGUGACGUUUCAUACUCCCAGCUUGGUGGAAAGAGAGGAUCUAUUUUGUAUGAGGGUGCUGAUGCAGCUGGUUUUCACUUGGAUGCAGGAAAAACUUAUAUAUAUCCCACCAACUACCCUGUCAGACAAUAUCAAGCAACAAUGGUUAAAACAGCAUUAUUCAAAAAUACAAUGGUCAGCUUGCCUACAGGGCUGGGAAAGACGUUCAUUGCCGCGGUUGUCAUGUACAACUUUUAUAGAUGGUAUCCAAAUGGAAAAGUGGUUUUUAUGGCCCCUACCCGACCACUUGUUGCGCAGCAAACAAAGGCAUGUCAUCAUAUAAUGAAUAUUCCUGUGGAUCAUACAGCAGAAUUAACAGGUAUGCAAAAUGCUGACUUAAGGGUAAAACUUUGGAAAGAAAAAAGGGUAUUUUACUUAACUCCACAAGUUAUGGUGAAUGACUUAAAGUCAAAAACAUGUCCCGCUUCUCUGAUUAAAUGUAUCGUUAUUGAUGAAGCUCACAGAGCAACAAAGGAUUAUGCUUAUUGUCAGGUCCUGAAGCUCUUGUCUGAGGAACCCAAUACAUUAUUUCGAGUUCUUGGACUUUCUGCCACUCCUGGAAAUGACAUUAAUGCAGUACAGCAGGUUGUGCGUAACCUAGGUAUUUCAGCUCUGGAAAUGAGAAGUGAAGAUUCAUUAGAUGUUGCUCCGUAUACACAUUCACGAUCUGUUGAUACUAUAGUUGUGGAACUUUCUGGCAAUAUACUUCGAGUUAAAGAAGAUUUGCUUCAGGUUUUUGAAAAAUACGCUAAGCGGCUUAAAGAUUUUAAAGCAUUACCCAAUAACAUUGCUACAGUUUCGAAAUUUCAAAUUCUCAAAGCUUGUGAAAAGUUCAGAGCGAAUCCUCCAAGAGGUGUUGCUCCUUCUGUUGUUGGAAAUCUUAUAUCUGAUUUUACAGUGUGUAUGUCAUUGGCCCAUUCACUUGAAUUACUUCAAACAUACGGGCUCAGGGCUUUUUAUACUUAUCUUGCAGAUGACAAUUCUGAGAAAACAAAAGCAGCUGCAACUAGGUUAAGAAAUGAUGAUGACCUAAAGGAAAUGCUUAAAAGACUUCAUCUAUGCCUGUUCCCUAAACUGAUUGAUCCAGCUGCUUAUACUUGGAGUCAUCCUAAACUUAAAAAUCUAGUUACAUCAUUGACUGAACAUUUCAAAAAAUUUCAGACUAAUGGUGCCUCAACCAAAGCAAUUGUGUUUUGUCAGUACAGAGUCGUGGUAUCUGAGAUUGUAGAAUUAUUAAGCAGAUGCAAACCACUUAUCAAAGCUACAGAAUUUAUUGGGCAAUCGGGAGGAAAAGAAAAAGGAAUGCCACAGGCUAAGCAACUUCAAAUCAUGAAAGAUUUUCGCUGUGGUAUUGUGAACUGCCUUGUGGCAACAUGUGUCGCCGAAGAAGGAUUAGAUAUCGGAGAAGUUGACCUUAUCAUACUCAUGGAGGCACACAAGUCUCCUGUGAGGCUGGUGCAAAGAAUUGGCAGGACUGGUAGGAAGAGAAAAGGAUGCUGUUUGGUUCUUCUUACCAAAGGUCGUGAAGAACAGAAAUUUCAUGAGGCUAUGGCCACUCGAAAAUCUUAUGUUGAAAAUAUAAUGAAGUCUCCUGCUGUUGCGGCCAGUCUUUGUCAAGAUUCGCCUCGUAUGAUUCCUGUCCAAUUCAAUCCAGUUCAACAGUUUGUUCACAUAAAUGUAACCGAUAUAGUAUCACCAGCUAGGCCGCAGAUCAAAAAACAAGCUGACAUAAGGAAAUGUUUCACCGGGGCAGAUUCUCCAUUUUUAUCAAAUGAAGAAUUACUGAAGGUCGUGGAAGAAUUAGGACAACCUCAUCUGACUUUUAAUGGAUUACCAAAACGUGAAGAAAUUUGGCACCGAAGAUUUGAUAAAAAAAUUGGUAUAGAUGAACUACUUUCAAAAAGUAUCAGUAAGGUUUCUGAGUGGAAUGAAUGGAACCACGACGAACAAGAAACAUACCAUAUUGACCACACUCCAAACAGUAGAUUAUUGUGCCAUCUGUUAAAAAUGGCAUCAAAAGAAAUCACUCUGCCAGAUUUGGAAACGAACAUGAUAUUAGAUGAAAUAGAUUCUGAAUCAUCUCAGAAAAGAGGGAGCGACAAAGGGACAGAAAAAUUCACAUCUCCUAAUAAAAGGAAAAGAAUGAAAAAAGAUCCCAUCAAGAAAAAUCAUGGAAUGGACAUCAGAAAUUGUAUGGCAGGAAAAUCGUCAGUGCAGAAACAAGUAAUUGAAAUCCUAUCUGAUGACGAAAAUGAGAUUGUUGAAAAUGUCGCAGAACAAAUAUCCUUCACUAAUAGUAAAGUGUUAAAGCCGAAAAUUGAGCAGAAACAGGAUGCUAUUGCUAGCAUUUAUAUGGAUGAGAGCAGUACGUUUGGAAGUUUUGAUAAAUUUAUCCCAUCUGUUAAUGUUUCUAAAACAUGGUCAUGUGAACGAAACUUACCAAAACUCGAAACAUUUUUUGAAAAAAUAACUAUCCAAAUUUUAAAAAGUAUAACUUUUUCUGGUGCCAUUGUUAAAAAAGAAAUUGAACCUAAAAUUUCCGUAUCCUCUCCCAAAAGAAUUUCACCAAGUGACUAUGUUGAAGUAGACGAUUUGUUCGAUACUGAGAGUGACCAUGAUGAUAACCUCACGGCUAACUGUUUGAACACUGCUAUUUCAGAAUUUCAUGAUACCGAUGAUAUGUUUAAUAUUGGAAAUGUCCAAACUCAAUUAAAGACUGAAAAUUAUAUUAUGAAGAGUAAAGAUGUUGAUGAAGAUAUGGCAUUAUUCAAUGGUAUUGAUUCUAAAAUACUUAAUCAAUCAUAUCAAAUAGGCACUACUUUCAAUGAAACAAAUGACAUGUUUUCCAGCAUAAAUACUCCUUUUUGUGAAUCAAAGGCUGUUAAACAGCCAGAAAACAACAAUAAAGAAUUUGAAAACAAAUUUCAAAAUGUAAAAAAAGACUUAUCGACAAAAGAAACAAACACAUCACUUUCAAAUUUAAAAACAAGUAUCAUUGCUUCUACUCCUAUCCCAUCAGUUAAAACUUUCAAAAAAAAUCAAAUGAUUGUAAAAAGUUCGUCUCAGCCCAAAAUCAUGGAAGAUAUACCAGAAGAAUGUAAAUCGCCGGUUUCCGAUACUAGUGAAAUGUGGAACUUGAGUGAUCUUUUCGAGGAAGAAGAAAUAAACAUUGAUUUUCAAAAGAAAAGUAAAUUACCAGAAAAUGAAUGUAACAACGGUAGUAAUCGGGAUAGAAAUUCAAUAUGUGAUGAGGCUGAUGUUCAUAAUAGUACUAUGCUGGGGAUAACUCAGUUGGUUAGUUUAAUAGAAAAAGAUAAAGAUCAACAAAAAUCAAAUGAUGCAGAAAGUAAAAUAUGUAAUAAUCAAGAAAGUAACUUGAACUCACAAAAGCAGAAUGAUGACACGCUUUUCGGCUAUUUAGAAUGUGAUGUCGAUAUAUUUACGCAAGUUAAUGACCAACCAACAUCAUUGAAACAUUCAUCUCAAGUCUUAAAGGAUCUUAUUCCAAAACCUUCUGAAAAAUCUUUCACACAAUUAAAUAAUCCUUCACAAAACAUUGAAUCUUGCAAAUCUUUACAUCGUAAUGAAACUAAACCUGAUAAAAAAACAGAAAAACUGAAUAAUAUUGAAGAUGAAACCAAUAUCAACAAUAGUACACAAAUGUCACAAAGCCGCCCUGUUGUGAAUUUCAAAAAGUUUUCUUCCAAAAAAUUAUUAUUUUCAAAAGAUAUAAACUCUGAAAGUGCUUGCAGUCAAAACGCAUCGAGCUCUCCUUCAAUGAAUAAAUUACGCUUUGAAACCUUUUCUCAAAAACCAUCUACAUCUACGAAAUUAAAACAUGAAGAGCCUAUUAAAUUUAGAACAUUAUCUGAAACUUGGAACACUCCAAAUCUACUUAAAAAUAAUGUAAAUUUUAAUAAACCUACAUCUUCAGUCGCUAAAAAGAAAUUAUUAUGGGAUGACAAAAUGACUGGUGAAAUAAAAAAACCUGAAACAGUUACAGAUCAGAUGAUAGCUGAUAGAACCAAGGUUCCUGAAAAAGCUAAAUUAAAUAAUAUAAAAAGUUCUGAAAUCAACAGAGGUAUUGAAAAAUCAGUCUUCGAAAGUAAACCUAACUUUGGUUCAUUAAAUAAGCCUAUUUGGAAUUUCUCAGACAGUGAUGAUUCGGAUAUUUUUAUGCCUUUGUCUCCUAAGGAAAAUAAGAGUAACAUAGAAAUAAAGAAAAAUAUUACAAGAAAAGAAGAAUUUUGCAGCAUUAAAAAAACUAAAACUAGAAAAAAGGUAUCAAAUGAGUUUAUAGAAAGAGAGGCAGAUGUUGAAGGAACAAUAAUAUCUGAUGAUGAUUCUGAUGGCAGCAGUUUAGAUGAUGUUGAUAACAGCUUUAUUAAUGAUAAUACAGAAUAUAUAUCUAAUGAUACCCAAGCUAUAUAUUUGAAAUCUGUGAAGAGUCCGAUAAACAAAGGAAACUUCAAGAUUCCUACCAACAAGGUCUAUUAUGGAAAUGUUUAUUCCCAGCAAGUCGAAGCAGACUCCGAAUACAUUAAUGAUUCGUUCUGUGUCGAUUCAGAAGAAGAAGAGGCAGAAGAGUCAGCUAGAAGUUUAUCUCUCUUAGAAAUUGCUGAACAAAAACUAGAAAAUAGGAAAAAUGAAAUUCCUGUAAAGAAAAGGCGUAGAAUUUUAAAUGUUCCAGAGGAUGAUUAUACUCAACCCACUUUUAUAACUAUGAGCGAACCAUCUCCCAUUCGAUCGCUCGCAAAAAGGAAAAGAAGAAGGAUACAAUCAGAAUCUGAAGCUGAAGAGUCCCCAAUAAGAAAAAAGAAGUCGCUGUCAGAAGCUAACAGAAGUGUAGAUCCAGAGCUUGUUUUCAGUCAAAAACAUGAACAAGGCAGGGCUGAACGGAACCUCAGAGAUGUUAACUUAAGCAGUGAUGAAGAUGAUUGCAUUUUUGUGCCAACUCAAGAUAAAGUUGUCGAUUUAACAUCAGACAUCGAUGAGAAAGAUUUAGAUUCUGAAUUUGAUAAAAAAUUUCAAGAAGAUUUGAAUGAAGCUAUACGAAGAAGUCAGGCAGAUUUCGCUUCAUCUCAGAGAUCUCAAAACUCUUCUAAAAUGUCUACUCCAAAGGCUGAAAAGAAAGUUUUAGAUAUGAAGAAAUUAGAUAAAUCUUUACGAGAACUAAAUCAGAAAUUCAGUGAACGUCUUUCUAACAUCAGGAAUAAGUUUUGUUCAUCUGAUGACUCUCUUUAAAGGCUAAUAAGUUAAUAUCAUUCUUUAAUUUUUAGUUAUUUUUAUAUUUUAUCUCCUUCCAUAAAUUAUUUUUUAAAUGAUAUUUCCUUGUUAUAUUUGACUUUUAUUUAUCAGUUAUUAGUUACCUAGUUAUUAGUUUGUUACUACUUCAUCAUUGAAUCAAAUUGACUGAUUUGAUAUUAUUUCUAUUAAAUUAUAAUAUUAAGAGAAAAUAUUUUAUAAAUAGUAAACCGAUAAACUUAUUUAUUAUUAUGAAUGCUGCUAUUUGUAUAUAUUUUGUUGUUGUUAUUAAUUGUCCAUAUAUUGAAGUUAAAAUGAUCCAUAGUGACUUUUUUUUGUCAUUAUCAAUGACAGAUAAUGAUUAUUAAUAAAAAGUUGACACUUGUAAUUGUAAUCUCGAUGAAUAUGUAAAAUACUUAUGUAUAUAUUUAUACUUUUGGUUAAUAUUAAUAUUGUAAAUAUGUAAACCUGUUAAUAAUUAUAUUUUUGUUAUUUUUUUAUGUUUUUUUUUUUUCUCGAUAAAUUCACAAAUGUCUGGGUGUACUGACAAUCAGCUAAUGAAAGUAAAGUAUUAUAAUAAAAAAAUAUUACAUUAUAAU